UCAGUUUUCCGUUAUCAACAAUAACAAUAACGAUUAAAAUUAUUGAAAGAUAGGUGGUAAAAGUCGGUCGGGUAGGAUUUGUUGGAGUGUUUAGGACUUGAGAGUCACCCUCGGCUACAUUAAUUAUUAACACUCAUUUGAAAUUUCUAAUUUCUAUUCAAAUCUCCAGACAAUCCAAACGGAGAACUGUCCUCGGAACAGUAUCAAGUGACGCCGUUAUUUAACGAUAACCUAUCAUACUGACAUCCGCUUUUUUUUUUUCAAAAAACGAAUUAUUACGAUUUACCGUGAAUUACAUUAUAUGAUAUAGUGUUAUUAUAACAUUUGUUUACUAAUAUUUGACGGGUUUCCAUGGCGACCCAUAAUAGUAUGAACGACGAUGAUCUGCGAAGUCUAUUGGCUGACAAUAUUAUGUACAACGUUGCUGUGUACCGGUCUUUAAGGAAGCAUAUUGGAUAAGUCACGGUGAAACUGAUAAAAUAAAAUACAUUACUGAGCCAUAAUGUCGACGUUUUGUGCUGAUGGUCUUAUUCCAGCAAGAUUUUUAUGUCUCGUUGCUCAUUUUAUAAUGCUCAUCAUGGCUUUAAAUCAUAGGUUACAAUUACUUAGGAGCAAAACGUAAAAGCCUGUCUACCAUACGACUAUGACAACGACCUUUACAUGGAACAAGACAAAAGGCACAUCUAAUAUGGAAAAUGAAAUUAUGGUAAAUAAGGAUGACUAUAAUCAGAAAAAUCCAAAUUAUUUACCAGAUGAUCAAGAACAUAUCAACAAAAAAACUAAAGUUUCAUGGGUUCUAAUAGUAACAACAAUAAGUACUAGUUUAGGUUGUUCAAUUCCUGCCGGAUACAACACCGGAGUCGUAAAUUCUCCUGCAGAAAUAUUGAAACAAUGGUGCAAUGAAACUAUCGUGUAUCGCUAUGAUGUACAUUUUUCACCUGCUCAACUAGAUGGUCUUUGGUCUAUAUUGGUUUCCGUAUUCUUGAUUGGUGGCAUAGUCGGUGGUAUAGCUGGUGGUAAAUUAGCGAAUUCAUUGGGCAGGAAAGGAACUAUAAAACUUAUAUACCUGAUUAAUUUAGUAUCUGGUAUCCUCUUUUUUAGCUCUAAAUCAUUAGCUCAGGUAGAAUUAUUUUUCAUUGCAAGAAUUUUAUCUGGUCUAUCCGCUGGCAUUACAAUGGCAAUGGUACCAAUGUAUUUAUUAGAGUUAUCGCCUUCCGAUAAAAGUGGUGUAUUUGGUGUGAUAUUUACAGUAGGUUUGAACUUUGGUGUGGUGUUAUCUCAGUUUUUAGGCUUGGAAAAUAUUUUAGGAAAUGAAUCAUUGUGGCAUUACUUAUUUAGUCUAUAUGGAAUUUUAGUAUUAUUAGCACUUCCUACAUUAAAAUUCGUUCCCGAGAGUCCUAAAUACUUAUAUACUGUAUGCAAUGAACACAACAAGGCAUUAUCAGAAUUAAGCAAUCUAAGAGGAAUGCCAAUUUCUGACAUAAGCUGGGAAUUAGAAAAUUUGCUCGUUUCUCCUGAAAGGUGGACAUUGAAAAGGGUUAUCAAUGAACCUUACAGUCGUAAAGCCAUUAUAAUAACUUGUAUAGUAAUGUUGGGACAACAACUUUCUGGAAUUAACGCCGUGUUUUAUUAUUCUACGUCGAUCUUCAGAAACGCAGGCAUGAGCACAGCUGAUGCACAAUAUGGAAAUUUAGGUGCGGGAAUAAUUAACUUUAUUGUAACUAUUCUAUCAACUACAUUUAUUGACAAUUUUGGACGCAAAACAUUGCUAAUAUUUAGCAGUGCUGUUUGUGUAUUUAUGCUCACGGCAUUAAUGAUUUCAAUGCAGUUAUCAUCCAUUGGUACAAUACCUGGAAUAUCUUAUUUUUUGAUAGUAUUCGUUAUUGGUUAUGUUUUAUUUUAUGGAUUUGGAUUAGGACCAAUCCCAUUCUUUAUUGGAUCUGAAUUAACCGAUGUUGGACCUAGACCUAUUAUAAUGUCAGCAAUGAGUGUUGCUAAUUGGUCUGGAAAUUUUUUAGUUGGACUUACAUUUCCUUUCGUCAACCUUAUUCUCAAACAAUACUCUUUUCUUCCAUUCAUCGUUUUCACCAUAUUUUUGAUUAUAUUUACAUGGAAAGUAGUUCCAGAAACAAAACCAUCUCUUAAUCAAGAGAGUACCGAUAGUGAAUAAGAUUUUAAUGAUUUUAUUGAUUUUACUUAUAUAUUAAAUUAAAAGUUAUUAUUAACUAUUAACUGUUAUUGUAUAUUAUAAACAUAUAGAUCGUAUACAAUAAUAGAUUCGAAUUUAACUGAUGUAAUAUAAAUUUAUAUGGAAUUUGUUAUGUUAAUUUAUUAACAUUUAUAAAAUUUAUUUAUUUAAAUUUGAUACAUUUAAUUUAAUAUAUUAUUAUUAUUAUUAUAUAAAUAUUUUUAAUAUAAGUUUUAAUACAAGUAUACGAGGCAUACUAUAGUUGAUAAUAAUUAUCCUGACGAAGCUCCCCUUUUAUAUUACUUUAAUACUUACCUUUAAGUAUAUGUAUUGGUUUAAACAAAAAAUAACUGAAAAACAGUAAUAAAAACUAAAAAUAAACUUUAUUGCCAUUAAAAAAAAACUACAAAAAUAUAUAUUUUAAUAGUAUUAUUAUUUUUUUUUAUAUUUAUAUUACAACAUAGUCUAU